CUCUGUUUAUUCAGUAUUAAAAACAGUGUUGUCUACUUCCAAGCAAUUUUCUAACAAAAACUAAAUACAUUUGUAGUUAAAAAACGCAGAAAUUUAGCGUAUAGCAACAGAGAAAAAUGUAUCAGGAAUAUCUAAAUCAAUUAAAUUCAUCACUCCUUCCCAUGAGCACCGACGAACUGAAGGAGCUUCUCAACAACGAUGAUAAACUGGACGAAAAAGUGGAUGAGGUGCUCGAAUCACUGAAAUCACAAAAGGUUCGUUUCUUCGAGGAGAAUCGCAACCGAGCCGAAAAGAACAUUGAAAAGGAGCCAAAGAUCAUUGAGCUGCGCGGCAAGCUAGCCGAGCUCACAGAAGAGGGACGCACCAGCUGUAACGCCGUGCAGGAGCUGCUCACACAAAUCAAAGAGAAAACGGGCGGAGUUAGCCAGGAGACGGCGCUGGCGCUGCUGCAGACGGCGGCCUCCGAGAGCGAGGAGCAGACGGAGGAGUUUGUCAAGAAAUUCACCGACAAUGAGCUCAAUGUGGACGCUUUUCUAGAAGAGUUCCUCAGCAGUCGUCGCGCCAUGCACCUGCGCAAGCUGAAGGCCGAGAAGAUGCAGGAGCUCAUACGCAAACAGGCACAGCGUCAGAGCACAGGAGGUCCAGCAGCAGGUGGCUUACCCUAUGGCAAUUUGCCGGGCACAGCUGGUGGCAUCAGCAGCUUCUAUCCGCCACCAAAAAUGGGCGUGCCCUAUCCCAUGAUGGGUCCACUGAUGCCCUUGCCGCCGCCAUCGCGACCCUAUUGAGCUGAGAGCAAAGGUUUAGUUAUUAAUUAAUGGAAAACAUACGCAAUUCGCAGAUGCUGCCAUAGCUGCCAUCACAAUCGCGGAUGACUCAUCCGAGUGCUUUGUUUACAUAUUACGUGUUAAAUUUAAAUAUACAAAACAAGAAGCUUAGCUAAGUUUUAAUAAAGCCAGAACCUCUUUCGAGUUAAAA